CUGCACGGUUUUCCAAUAUAACCUAAACUUUCCGCCUACGACAUAUUAGAUAUUAUGUAGAGUAAAUUCGAUGGUUACUUAUCUUAUUUUUUUUUUCGCAGUUUUACCAGACGAUGGAGAGCCGGCACCGAAUAUCGACGAAUACAGUAGCAUUACGAACUACGACGACUACGACACGGAUACGAAUUCUUCCGCUCCCUACGAGUAAAAUGAUUUAUACAUUAUCAACCUGCUACACUGCAUAAAACUACACGUACCUAACAUGUUUUUGAAUAAAAUUUCUUUUUUUUUUUCUAUUCGACAGAACUGACAACAUGGACGUGCUUCCCCCAAAAGGAAACAGAUCAAGUAAGAACAUAUUUCUCUUAUAUAAAAGAACUUAAAAUAUAUAAUAGCCAAUCAUAUUUUAUAAGUUUAAUGUUAAUUUUGAAAAUAUAUAUUUGUUAUUAUAAUAUCCAAAUUUUCAAAUUUUUAUAUUCUGCCGUGAAAUAAAAGUUUUGGUUAUACACUGUAAAUAUAUAAAUGGGUGAUUUUGAAAACCGUCCAAUAUUUACAAACAAUUUCGAAAACUUUCCAACUAACCAAAAGAAAUGACCGUGGGGUUAAAAAUUUUAAUUCUCAACUCUCUCUCUAUAUAUACCAUAUAUAUAUAUACACGAGUUUUAUACUCUACGGGAUCGUUAUUCGAAUAUUCGAAAAUUGUCGCGGUUUGUAAACACAACUUAUACAGUAAGCAGUGUACCUAUAUUUUUAUUUUACGGUCGGAUUAACAAAACGAACCGAAAUGUAAAUUUCAGAAUCAUAUAAUAUAGUAGUGAGUAGGAUUAUACAUACAAUUUAACUUUGAACGUUAGGAUUCGUUGCAAUUUUUUGAAAAUCAAUUGUCCAUAGUACCAAUGUGUUUAUGGGUAAAAUGUUGCAAAUAGUGAUGGACAAUUCGAUAUCUCAAUACCUCGAUACCUUAAAAACUUAUGACAGUAUCGAAUCUAGGUAAUGUUUAGUAUCAAGUUUAUUAUUUUAUUGUUAGAUAUUCGAAUAAAUAAUUUUUUUUUUUUUUUUAAUUUUAAAAUGGGUUUUUACAUAUACAUUUUAAAAAUAUUGUUUCAUUAUAAUAAACUAAUGAAUAAUAUUGACGGUUAUUGUAUUAAUAUUUUUAUUUUUAAACAAUAAUGGUAUCGAGUAUUGAAAUAAACCUGUAUCGAGUAUCUAAUUCUAAACUGUCAAUCUUAGUUGAAAACAUUGUAAGCAUGACAACCUAACGGUUCUGUAUAGGUAAUGGCUAAAAAACAGAAAUCGAAUUUAUUUGAAAUUUCCGUGAAUAUAUAAUGUUAUAUAAUCGUUAGUUGAUAAUAAUACAGAAACACCCUGUAUGUAAAUACACACCGUGUUAUAAUAUAGUAAUUAUACCGGUAUUCGGUGAUAUGAUCUACACGCGUUAUAAAUCCAGUCUUAAUUAAUCCGAUUAUACCUACGUAUAAACAAUAAUUCGCUGUUCGAUACAUUUUAUAAUGUUUUAAUCAGUGCGUAUAUUAUGUAGUCGAAUAAUAGCGUUACCCUAUGUUAUUAUUACUCAGUUUCCUAUUGGAAUAUUUAUGUGUACAACCGAUAUGCGCUAGGUAAUAAUAAUGAUAGUAAUUAUAGAUCGUGAGAUUUCUUUUACUUAUAGGUACCAAAAUCGUUAUUAAUUUCCGUGAUUGCAUAUUUUUACAGUGUAUAAUAUUAUUAUUAUUUGUUUUUUAAAUAUAACGCCGACGGCUUCGUACCUAUAAAAUAUGGACGAUAAGUGUAAAAAAAGAUAUAAUAAAAUAAGAUAAAAAACGAGAACUUUUGCAUAGUAUUAAAGCCUUGUAGUGGCUCUCAAACGGUACUUCGAGUGUACACAUCAUAUUUUGAGUAGGUAGGUAGGCGUUCCCAGUAAUUGGGAUUUAGGAUAGUCGGGUAAAAUGGGUAUAAACAUUUAAAAGUUAUACUUUUUAGUUUUUUAGAUAGUUAUAAAAGUUUUUUUGACAGAUAGUGGACUGGUGGUUUUGAAUUUUUAAUUCUGCUACACCACAAAAAUAUAGUUUGGACGCUAUUGCGGUUUUGGACUAAAUAUCUAUAAUGGAAUAUUGAAAGUUGGGCCGGAUUUUAAAGUAAUCAAAUUAUUAUUAUAUGAACACUUGCUCUUGAAUUUCGUACUUUUUAUUCCAUAUUUCCGAUUAAUACCUUUGAUUUUAUGAAAAACGUCGUGUCUGUACCUUAACUUGCACAAUUAGCUACGUGUUCCACUCAGAAUCGAGUUUGUUUUUUUUUUUUUUUUUUACAUGUUUUCCUAACGAUCAAAAUAAUGAUUAAAUGUAUAAUAUAAUGAUAUUUGUUUAAAAACCUCUCAUCUUGACGCACGUAUAAAAUACACUCGUAUACUAACAUAAUAUUAUGAUCUCAUCUCGAAGAGUUCAAACUAGAAAAUAUACACCGUCCUUGAGCCUUGUAUAAUAUUAUAUUUUAUUAUUCGCGAAAAUACCUACAAUACCUAUAGUCUAUACGCUACAUUGGUAUUCAAUUAUUACUUUUCAUAAAACGGGCGUCUAAAGUUGUUUUGUAUAAUAUUAUGACGUGUACACGAUGCUAUUAUGUGUCCCACAGCCGUCCAUAGAACGGGUACCUACCUAUAACGUAUUAUUACUAUUAUCUACCUUUAUAUAAUAUUAUAUUCGUUAUUGGUUCGAUAGGUACGUACUAUUCAUAUUAUAUAUAAAUGACACUUUUCGUUGUAUACAGCAUCCACGUCGACAAUAGAUACUCGUUUUCAUUUCUCGGUGUACAUGAUGGUCGAGAUAUUUCAGUAUUAUAUUGCGCGCACGCAGAAUCGUAAAAUUCGCCCAAAACAAAUAUUAAGUAUAACUAUCGUAUAGCAUUAUAAUUAUCGUUAUUAUUACGCUUGUUAAUCCUGUAUAAAUAGGCAAGUUGAAUUUUCCCACCCAGAUUGGCCAUCACCAGAGUACCUUCGUUCACAAAUUCAUAAUAGGUAAAGGUUGUUAGUAGAUAACUAUAAUAUAUCUAUACACUGUAUUGUGGCGUGCACGUCCGACAUCGCCGGAUAUCGUCGGAUCAUCGCAAUUAGGCUAAAUCACGCGAAAGCGGAGAUUCGCACAAGAAAACAAGAUUAUUAAAAUAUGCAAACAAAAUGUAUAAGUACGUCGAAGAAUAAAUUAAUUAUUGAAUGCUCAAUGUUUUAUUAAAAAUGUAAAAGAAAACUCGCUAUACGUGUAUUAAAAAAAAAAAUGUCUAAUAUUAAUACAUAAAUAUUAAAUGUACGAGUAUUAUAAUAUUGAUAAUAUAUAUGUUUCAUAAUAUUUAUGGCGAGUAUAUUAAACUGCUUGGUAUGUAUUUAUUUUAUUGCGUUAAAAAAGUACUGUAUCUAUUCUGUAACUACCAUAGACAAAUAAAAAAGCAUUUUCAAUGUUUGUGAAUUUAAAAUUGUAAUGUUUUUUUUUUAAAUAUUCGAUUAACCAAUAGACGAAAUAUGCAAAUUAUUAUAUACUUAACGUUUUCGAUUUGUGUAUACUCAUCAUCGUGAAUUUUUAGCUUCGUCUGCUAUAUGUAUAAAUCGAAAUCGUAUAGACGAAUAUUGCACUACGUGACCACUAGCUGUGUAUUCUUAUAUUAUGGCGAUCAACGUUAAAUUUCUCGGUUAUUCAAAAUUCUGCUGUAUUGUCGACAGAAUGAAUGAUCUAUAUAAACGUGUUCCGUAACACUGGAAAAAAUUAUACGAUAGGUACUUAAAAUUGUAUUUUUCUGCGUAUUUUAUAAGCGUCCACAUUUGACGAUCUACAUAUCACAUAACGAUUGUAUAUUACUAAAUUAUAUGAAUAUAUUUGAAUAAGUUUAAACCGAUAGACGAUAAUACGCGGCUGGUAUUUUUUUAUGUAUACAAUUUUGGUUGCUGACAUCAUCCAUUACAAUAAACUGUUAAAUCCCAUAUUAUUAUAACAUUAUGACAUUAUACAUUCGUAUGAUGGUCCGUAAUAAUUUUCCGAGAGGAUUAUCCGUAAAAGUAUAUCAUUUUUUUUUUUUUUUUUUUAUAGAGCACGUUUCUUUCUUCUUUUUUUUUCAACACAAGUACAUUUUGAGAUAGUACUAUAAAAGUCCUUGUGGUCAUGGCAAUUACUAAAACAAUUAAAACGUAGCCAACGCUUUGUAUGUAUGUGGCCAGACCUCUGUGCUUUUAUUUUUUUCUGAGUGGAGAAAGCCAGUUAUUUAUUAAGGAGUAGACACGGUUGAUAUUCAUUAAAAGUAUCGUCCUUAGCAAAUAAGUUGAAAAGGCUAUACAAUUUUACUAUAAAAUUAAAUAAAACAUACCUACAUAACAUAUACCUAUGCAUUAUUAUUAUACAACAUUUUUCUGCCUGUUUUUUUUUAACUGUGACCAAAAUGUGUUUCAUGUUAUUGAAAACAAACCGAAAUUUCACUUACACAUCGCAUCUUAUCUUUAUCGAUAUCAAUACCACGUAUAUCGCCACCUUCACCCCAAAUUCGUCCUUGCGCAGAAUGAUGAACUAGCGGAAUCAUGCUAAUCAGCGAACUUCAAUCAACACUGCAACAGUAAUACUCAUACAUUCCCCCCCACGCUAAAAAUGGUUCCAUAGACUGGUUUCCACAUCAUUACAUGAUGACAAAAUUGGCGAUAUGUUUUACUACAUAAGGGGAAACAUAAAUCACUACUUGAUAAUUUCUCCGUUGCACGGAAAAAAAGUUGAAUCAUAAAAAUAAGCCCCAAUUAACAGAACCCCCCCCCCCCCCCCCCCCCCCACCUCCCCCCCCAAAAAAAAACAUAUAUUCAAUAUUUUUCGGUUGGGCGAAUAAAAUACCAAGUUUUUUUUAAAAAUUUUAUCUAAAUAUUUCUGAAUCUAACUAUUUGAGGUCGGCCGCACCCUCGUUCUAAACUUCCACUUCACACUAAUACGUCUGAUAUGCUUAUAUCAUUCUCAGUCGCAUCCAACUACAUAUUUUUCGGUCUUUUCCCCACUUUCCUCCUAAGUUUAUUUUCAUUACAAUUAUUAUUGCUUCAGAUUUCUAUCUCCUCGUGACAUGCCCAAACUAUUUCAGCCUAUUUUUCUCAUCAUUUUUACUAUAAAAGUCACGUCUAAGCUAUUUCUUAUGUACUCAUUCCUUAUUAUCCUAACUUCUCUCAUCACUCUACUCCUCCACCUAAGCAUUCUCAUCUCAGCUAUAUUCAUUCUCUGUUCUAUUUUUCUCUCUACCAACCAACACUCUAGUACAACUUAGUCGGUUUUACCAUAAGUUUGUAGAAUUUACUUUUAAAUCUCAUUGAAAUUCUCUUGUCACAUAAAUCACCUGACGCUUCUCUCCACUUUAUCCAACUGCACUUAAUUCUAUGUUUCAUAUCAUCAUAAAAGCCACUGUUAUUUUGUAUAAAAUAUUUUAGGUACUUUAAAAACCUUAAAACUCCCAACCUCGCCUAUAACCGCUUAUUGUCGUUGACCGUCUUGUCCUGUUCCUCCAAACUCAUAGUCUAUUUACUUCUACUUAUCCUUAGACCCUAUUCUCCAAGUGCUACUCUACAUUCCUCAAACCCAUCGCUAACUUCUUCCAUAUUUCCUCUUUUUAAAGCCAUAUCAUCUGCAAAUAUUUGCACUAUGGUACCAUCUCUCCCCUGUUGUCACCGCGCAUAUCUGAAAUGAGAUAGUCCGCCAAAGCCUUAGAACACCUCAUACUCUCCGAUAGAAUUUUACACCUAACGUACCCUAAUGUUAUUUCUUAUGACAGGGCCGAGGAUAGUAUAGACAAAUAUAAAGUGAAUUCCUCCACUCUAUAGAAACAAUAAUAUAUACCUACUGGAAUCACCCACCUGAGCUUUCCACUAAUAGAUGCUCGGGGUCCUGGGUUCGAUAAACCCAUAGUUGGAUAACCCGUAACUAGGUUUUCUAAAUGGCUUAAGUGUAUAUAUUGUAUAUUCUAACACAUUUUAUACUAAAAGUUAAAAAUAACUGAUUCACUAUAAUGUGUUUGUUUUUUUUUUUUUAUUAUUUUAGGCGUCAUGCAUUUCGUGCGACAGUUAAACAAUAUUACUAAAGACUCGGGCAAGUCGGUCAAGUUUAAUUGCGAGGUGACCGGUGAACCGCCACCGCUCCGGAUCCAGUGGUACGUGAACGAAGUGCCGCUCGGCGGCGGUGACAGUGUAGACGGCGGAGGCGGAAACGGCGAGAAAAAAUCCAAACCCCGGCUGACGGUCAAACGGUUCCAGUCCAAACACAAAAACGGGCUCGGGUCCCGGUUGCGGAUCAACAAGUUGGAGAUACACGACACCGGGUUUUUCAAGUGCGUGGCAUUCAACGGCAUCGAGAAAAUACAGUCCGCCGCCAUACUCGUCGUCAAACUUAACCCGUUCAGUAAGUGUCCGUCGUUCACUGUACAUAGUUUAUGGUUUUAUUUGCCGUGCAUUUUUGUAUACUUUUGAAAAAAAAUAUUGGGGAAACGAGGGCCCAGAGGCCUAUACCGAAAUUGUACCACGGUUUUGUUUUGGACCAAACGGGAUAACAUUAUAAAGUCUCAUAUUAUAUUUAGUAAACACCCGUUAAUGCACAGAAUCUAAACAUUAUCCAUACUAUAGAUACUUUAUACAUUUUAUUUUAUAUGAGUUUAAUAUACUAAUAUUUGAGAUGCAUAAAUUAUAACGACUACAUAUAAACGUGGUAGUUGUCAUAUUUUAUCGGUCGGUUUAAGUGAAUUAUAUAAAAUCGCACAAAACGAAGUUCUAUACCAUCAUCAUAAUACAUUGAAGUGACUGUAUAUAUACACUCUUGUUAUAUUUUUAAGGGCGAAACAAACAACAAAUUUAUUAUAUGCGUCGUUGUCGUCACCACAUUUUCAAAUACACGACGACGAAUACUAUAUAUAUGUGUGUAUAUAAAAAAAAAAAAAAAACGUAUUAUAUAACCAUCAUAAACGAGUCGACGAGAUUUACUUAGUAUUUAUGAUGUAGGGAAGUAGUUUAUCUAAAUUAUUUCGGCAAAAAGCCUCCGCGUCGAGUGCAUGUGUAUUAUUUUCAAAAACCCAGUUCUGUAGCCCUCUUCGAAUAUUCUCCGAGUAUACUUUUGCGUGUAAAUAAAAGUAGUUUCGAGUAAUUUCGCCUCUAGUUUACAUGUGCGAUUAUUUCGUUCAUAUUAAUAAUAAUUAUAAUUAUAAUACGGUAAAAGUAUAUAUAAUCGUUAAAUAUGUGCGCAGUGUUAUAUACAUAUAGAGUUAAUUAGAAAAAAAACAUCAGAACGUUAGGCUAGUCACUAAAAACGUCAGAUUAUUUCUCCUCUCUCCAUUGACUUUAUAUCUAUAAGUAACGAAAAACAUUGAUUAAGAAACGAUUCUGAACUUGUAAAAAAACCGAACAACUCAUGAUGAACCUCGUGCUACCAAAUAACAACAAAACUAAACAAUUUCAAAUGACUAUUAAUAGUUCAAAAAUCGCCAGAAUGUUUUGAAAAUUUUACCGCCCCUAGAAAUGGCUAAUAGUAAUUUGGUGAAAAUCGCGUCUCCGUGAUUAUUUCUAUCUGAACAACGACAAAAUAAAAAUAUAACCAUACAUAACUGGAAACGUUUUCCUGACAUUUUUACCCGGUUUUUCCGAAUUUUUAAGAAAACUAAAAGGAAAAUCAAAAAGAAACAUUUCUCUUUAUGCUUUAAUGUACCGACUAGACAAUAUUUCCUACUGGAGUAAGAUUUUUGGUAGAAAAAUUGUUUACAGACUGGAGAAAAGAACAUCGCGGUAAAACCAACACUUGCUUCGCCUAGAAUCAGAAAUUCAAAAUGGACUUCAAUAAAUUACGAAUAUUCAUCAAAAAUUGUCCUUUCACUUUAUCCUAAAUUAAUGAUUAUCUACGUACCGAGGUGUAUAGAAUGUAGAACACAUAAAAUAUUGGAUACCCGGUUUUUCAUGAUAUAUUAUUUAAACUACGAAAAUAAAAAUCGAUAUCGUACCUAUUUGCUUUGGUGUAAUGUUGUUGGACUAUCCGUUCGUUUUUCACGGCUGACACCGCUCUGCAUGCUUGUUCAAAUCCCGCACCAUACGUAUUUGAGGUUCUGAGGGUAGCAAUGAAGCUAAUAUUUAUUUUACCUAAGAUACGUGUUUUUUUUUCUUUAGAAAACACCGAUGCACCGAUACUUUUUACGCAGUACCUUAAUCGACGUGGAAUUUCCGACCAGUGUUAAUACUUGAACUAUUUUAUUUUUAACAGUUCACCCUUAUAUUCUUAUUACUCAAAAAAAAAAACAUUCGAUUUGUGAAAAUUACCCAAAUUGUGCACAUCAGACCCUGAAACAUUUUUACCUGGCAAUUGUUUUUCUAAAAAUGUAUGUUAGAUUUUCUAGAUUCCCGACUCCCGUCAAUAAAAUAUACUGACGAAACAUCGGUUUGAGUUUUGUUAAUUUUUAGGAAUUAUUUGGGCUACAAGGGGAAAAAAACGACUAAUAUAACACUGAUCAGAAUCCCUUUUUUUGUUAGCGAUGGUUUAUUUUUGUGGUAAUACGAUUCAAAUUAUAUCAGCAUGUACGCACGUACAGUAACGUAACGUAGCAAUAGGUACGAUCAUUAAUUAAAACGUCUCGUAUUACACAAUCGAGUCGACUAAACUAGACCGCAUUGCAAUUAGAAGUAUAUGUGUAUAUUACAACUACGUAGAAUUACAUUUUUGAAAAACAUCUGCUAAAAUUAUUUAUAUUCGUGCGGGUGCUGCAAGAAAUUUGAUGUCUAACAUAUUCAGUUUUCAAAUUUGCAAGUAAAUGGAAUAUUAUUCAGAGACAGAAGAGUUAGAGUGAAAGGACGAAAAAAAGGAUGUGUUGGAUAGGGCGGCCGGGAGGAGUAAAAGUGGGUUUGGGGGUUACCUAGGUACAGCCAACGCGGUACGUGGGUUAACUGUGACAAGGACGGGGUUCCGUACAUAGUAAACAAAACGAAUAUUUAUUAUUAGGCGGACACGAGGAGAAACUCUUAUUGCACGGACAAUCCGGGCAGGACGUCUAGUAAUAUUAUUAUAUUACAUUACAGAGCGGCUAUAUAAUAUUUUAUAUGCGUUAUAUUUUUUUUUAUCUCGUAACUGAGAUAACGCUCAAAAGAGAAUACAAAUUUAAAAUUUUCUUUAUUCCCAAAAAUUAAUCAAUUACACAUUGGUGUAAUAUUAUAAUAUUUAUACUUAGCCAAAAAAACAUUAUACUUAUCGAAAAUUUCGUUUUACAGGUCACGAUGAAUCCAACAUUGACAUGCCACACUUUGGAUUUUCAAACCAGAACCCAGUGGUGCUAGAAGGGUAAGUGUUAUCGAUAAUCUUUUAGAAGAAAAGCCAAACCGGUAUCCUCGAAAAUAUUCUCAUCUUUAUAUUUUGUCAUCUAUGUUUAAACUCCAAUUUUAUCCUAAACGCCACAAUUUGAAUUCUAAUAUAUUACGUACGCAGGUAAUGUCGACCGUUAUUUUAAUUAGAUUGAGACAGCGAGACGACUGUAAAUGCGAGUUUCUCUUCUUAUUAAUUCAAUUCCGAAAAUUCAGAUUAAUAGUGUUUGUGUAAACAAAAUUAUUGAACAAUAAUACAUUAUUACCUACUGUAUGACUGUGGACAACGCAUAUUAUUUUAAAUUUACCGCUCGUUUGAUAAGGCGGUACCAAAGAGCUUCUAAGUAGUACGCGCGUUCCCAUUAAAAUAGAUAACAAUGAUGUGAUAAUACAAAGCAGCGCACGCGCACCAAUUUGUAUACAAAAUCAUUUUAUUAUCAACUUGUUUGAUCUGUAAUUAAAUAUUAAUAAAAUAUAAAUCAGUAUUCAUCACAGAACAAUAACAAUAUUUUUAAUUUUAUUCGAGAAUAUUUUUCGUAAUAGUUAUUUCGUAUUACUUUUGAUUCUGGAAAAAAUGAUAAACUCGUUUUUUUUUCAACUGGCAUUAAUCCUAUCUCGUACACAUUUUUUUAUACUAUUAUAACGUUAAAUUCAACAAUGAUUUCGCCUAUUUUUCUAUUCAUCACAAUAAUAAUUUGUACAUGUGCCGAAACUCUUGUUGAAAGGUAAACCUACUAAAACAUUGUGGUCUCGAUCACUUUGAAACGCUUAAAAUUUGAUUAUCAUUUUUAUUUUUUUAACUUGAUUAUUGUUUCAGAGAAACGAAACUAAAUUCGCACAUUGGACUCAAUGAACAGCAGAGCUCUCUCGACAGCAUUCCACAGCUUAGUCAGGUGCUAAAAUAUCCGAUAUGCCAAGUAAGUCCACUAUAAGUAUUACUUUAUGGAAUCAUUUUUGACAUUUUGUAUGAGUUUGAUUACUUUUAUCAGGGUACUACGUACAAUAUUCUAUAAACGAUUAAAGGCUUCGAGUAGUAUUACCAAACGUAUAUUUAUUUGGUAACUACAUUAUAUUAUAUUGAAUUUUAAUAUAUUCAUAUAUUGUAUAAAAUAUACAUAAUAAUAUAAUAUAUUAUUUUAACUUUUAUACCGAUAUACAAUAUUAUUUCAUUUUAUAUUUUAUCAUAUUUUGUGUGGCUAUUGUACAAUUGCAUACAAUAUAAAAAACAUUUAUAUGCUAUACUGAUUUUCCAAAAGCAAUUAAAAUAUAUAAUGAUGAUAUCAGUACUUAAUAAAAAGAAUUAGUGAUUUAAAAUAAAUAUCAUGAAAUAUGGAUAUAGUGCCUACUGUGUAGGUCAGGAGGCUACAAUCCAGUGAUUUAUAGUUAUUUUUGAAAUUUAACGCGGUAAUAAAAAAUAAUUGUAUCAAACUGUUUGUGGGUCAUCAGUUCAUCGCACUUCGUCGCUAGCACAAUAAUAAUAUUGUUUAAUCAACGGUUUAUUGAAAUAAUUUAAAAGCCUUAAUAAAAAUAAACUAAAGUUAUUAUUUUUUAAUUAGUAUAGAUAUCAAAAAAAAAAUAUUGAAUUUUUGAGUUAACUUAAUAAAUCAUUAUAUUAUGUUAAUAUAGCUUUUGUUUUUGUUUCACAGCAAAUGGGUAUAAGCGAUAGUAAAAUAAUUUAAAAACAUUCUCCAGUAAUAUUUGAAAUUUCAGGUUUUAAAACUAAAUAAAACAAAAUACAUUCAUAUUUUUUUAGUUAACACUGAGGCAAUAAACAAGCAUUGAAAUUUGUAUGCCCUUUUUUUUUUUUAAAAAAAAUAUCAAUUUUUAAAAUAUAUUUUAUGUAGUAAAGAGUGUCACUGGAAAUAAUUUCAUCGUCUCUAUAUUUCUAAAUUACUCUUUACUACAUUUUUAGUUAAAUUUUUUCAUCUGACUUGAGUACUUGGCAUAUUUUAAAUUUCAAUAAAUGUUUUUUAAAAUUAUAUAAAUAAUUAUUUAUGUUAUUAGUUUAAAAACGAACAUGUGAAUUUACUAUAUUACUAUUUGUAAUAGUUUUUUAUUUUGUAUUUAAUUUUUUUUUCACACAAUUCAUCAAACAAAUUAAAAAAGAGCAUAAUUUAGGGUAUGUUUUACAAUUAAUAAAGAUGAUCACUUACAUUUUAUUCUUGAGUCUGUUUUUUUUUUUUAAUUUCUUAAAUUUUUAAGACUGUUAUACAUAUAAUAUAUUGCAAUGGCAAAAUAAAUUAAUAGUUUGUGAAUGACAAAUAAGUUUAAAAGAAUAUAUAACAUAACAUUUAAUUUGAAAAUAUGGUGUAUCCUUUUGAAUGUAUUUUAAACUAUUUGGUAUAUAGAUUUUAUAUUUAUUCAAUAAUUUUCACUAACUUCUCUUUUCAAAGUGUAACUAAUUGGGAGAAAAAGCAAAAUGCGUAAGUAGGUAUUUAAAUGUAGUGUUUUCUUACACUAGUAUGAAGUAAUUUAUGCAAUGAUGAAUCAUUGAAAACAAAAAAAGGAUUUUUAACAGAAUGCAGUAAAAUAUUUGUUGAUAAAUUUAAAUUGAAAAUUAUAUUAAUUUGCAGCUUAAAAACUGUUAUAAAAUAAAUUAUGACAUUAUAGUUAUUGUUUUUUUUUCUGCCCCAACUUAUGUGGAAUAUAAACAUUGAACCUAAUUUUAAGAAACCAAUACAAAUUUGUCCAUGUAAAACCAAGAAAAAACUCAAUAAUCAUAAUACUCUAGAUUAUAAAACAAUUUAUAACAACAUAUUAGGUAUCUAAGUGUUAGUAUUUAUGCUAUCUAUUAAUAUUAUGCAUUAGUGAUGACAGUAAAAAACGGAUAAAUAUUAACGAGUGAUUUUGUUUAUAAGAUACCAUAAUAGUGCAUUGGCUUUAGUGUAAAAAUCAUUUUUAUUCAAAUAACCAUAGGUACUUGUAAUAUAUUUAAUGGCUAUCAUGUAAUCCCGAAAAAUGAUAGAAUUUGUUAGAUUCCUUUUGGCAGUGCUGUUCUCUUGUCUGGUCCCAUUUGGUACAAUAUUCCUGGAAAUGUCUACAGGUUUAUCUUGACCCGUAAUGUAAAUAUCGUCGCUAAUUUCACACAACAGUUGCUGCAAAUCGUCCUUACAAGUCAUAAAAUUGUCAAAAAAAACGUUUUCAAGAGUACCGCUUGUGCUCGCGUCCUGGAGUAACAUUUCGAAACCGGCAGAAACCCUUUGCAGUAUUUGAUAUGAGAUUCUUAAUUCAUUAGGAAAUGAACGACUGGCCAUCCAUGAUACCGAAAAAUUGUCUUCAGCGUUUUUGAGCAAUUGCGGAGUCAUCCAACUGUUACUUAUGUUCAUCCAACUUUGAUAAUGUUUAAUAUAGUCAACAUUGAAAGUAUUUUUGAUGUAAUUCAUUUUGAAUACAUCAAUAUUAUUUUGGCAAAUGUUUGCUAAAGUCAAAAUACGAUUCAUGAUACCGCUAUCUGUAUCAUCAUAAUCGUUGUCCUUCGUUGAAUUAUAACCACACGGGUUAAUCCAAAAUGGUUCAUCGUCAUUUGUGGUCACCCCAUUAGGAAACGAUGGGCAGACAACAUUUGUUGUUGUAAAAAGCAACAUAAUAAGCAAUGAUAAUAAGCUGGUACACAUUGUGGUCUUACUUCAAACUUAAACUUUAAUUUUUUUUUGGAAAUAGAACUGAACAAAUAGGUAAAUUCUAAAAAAAUACUCUAACCUUGUCAACUAUUAAGUUUUAAAAAUUUCAAAUAUAUUUUGGAAAGAAAGAACACACAUAUGUUUAAUGUUUUUCAGGUGGUUUCACAAAGGCCAUAAUUUAUUCGUAUAAUCUACUGUAUUGAUAACUAAUUAUAUUUUUUAAAUAUUUAAAUAUUUAAUUGCAAUACACUCAGAAACGUUUUUCGUUUGUAAUAAUUUCUGCAGCAGCAUUAAAGCAAAUCAAAUUACCCUAUAUUAUAUUAUAUGCUUAUUUUCCCCCUAUUUUUUUACUGUCUACAAUCUUGGCCAAAUGAGGCAUAAUGUUUACACAUGAAUACAAAUAAAUACAUAGCCGGGACAAUAAUAAGCUAUUGUCACUCAUUAUUUUAAUUUAUUAUUAUGUUUGAAGUAUUCAUACUUAUUAUAAAUUAAAUUAACAUAUAGGAAUACCAAACAUAAUAAACAUAGUGUAUAUUACUAGUAUGUCAAUCUUCGUAAUUUAAGUUUUUGGCUAAUUAAUUAAUUAUAAAAUUAAAACAAAUACAAAAGACAUGACAUGACUUUCCAAUGCCCUUAUGAACGAUUUUAGUAUUUAAGUUUUUAUUUUUAUUUCACUCAUGGUGAUAGAUGACAGUAUUAUAUUUAUGGUGUUUACUAUCAUAUGAUCUGUUGUACUUUCAACAGUCUAGCCAGACUCGCACAAUAACAGUUUUAUAACGAAAGAACUUUGUAACACUAAAUUAUCAAUAUAUGAACGAUUGUUUACAUUUAUCUAAUUUCUGAGGCAACUCUCGUGACAAUUCUUGCACUAGUCUGAAAAGUUCGAAAGCACAGAUCAAUACACAAAUAUGAACUGUUUAAAAAAUUUAAAACAAUUGACAGAAAUAGUUUUCUGAAUAAAUUUUAUAAUUGUUAUACAAAAUUAUAUUAAUUAAUUAAAUAUUCUUAAAACUUUUAUAACUUUAAAAUAACAUCUAAUAAAAAAGAAUAGGCUGUUUUACAAACUAAUAGAAGAUUAUGAAAAUAAUCUUUGCCGUACAUUCCAAUACACUAUGUAUUCCGUUUAUUUUUAUUCUCAUUCAAAUGGUUGAUAGUUACAACAGCAGUGGCAAACUUUUUGAAAUCAUUUUUAACGGGUAUGCUAAAUAUAAAAUUAAUUAAAAAUAACACGUUGACACAAAUGAUUAUGAGUUGAAUGUCAGUACUUGUUUGAAACUGUUAACUAUAUACAUUGUGUAAACAGCUCCGAUUCUUCCAUCAGAAUACUUCAAUAUAUUUAUUUAUGUAACUAGAGUGAAUGUUCAUAACUUAUGUUUCACACAGUAAAAAAUUGUUUCAUGAAAAAACUGUCAUUGUAUGAGUUAUAGCAACUAUUGUCGACUAGUUUACACCAUGGCAGUUCCAUGAUAGCAGCUGUCGUGUGUUACAGUCACCAUGUAAAUGCACCUAUAUUCAUAAUAUGAUAUGUAAUCCAGAUUUUAUUUGUACAGAGAAAUAUACUAUAUUUGUUACUUUAAUAUUUUAUUAUUUAAGAUUAACAAAAUAUAGUUCCAAAUAACAUACUUUGCUGUAAUUUAAGUGGAUUAAUAAUGAUGGAAUGCAUUAUUUUGUUUUAGAUAUAUCAGGGUUCACAUUGUUCAAAAUACCUCCAAGGCCAGAAUGUGUAUAUACCCGCUGACUCUUCUCAGGCUCUUAUCGAAGGAAAUCUGACUUCAGCUUUCCAAGUGAUAACACAUUCUGAAGAUCUAUCACCCAGCUGUGAGAAAUAUGCAUACAGCUCCAUUUGUUACACUGCGUUUCCACUGUGCAGAAAAGAUAGAACUACCCCUCAACCGAUGCUCAUAUGCCAAGAGGUUUGCUUUUCACAUAGAGUAAACUGAUUCUUACAUUUAUUUAUUACUUUUUUAUUGUUAUAGGACUGUGAACUUUUGGAGAACGAUAUAUGUAGUCAAGAGUAUGCUAUUGCCAAAAAACAUCAUUUACUUGGUCGUGUUGUUCAUCUGCCUAAUUGUUCAAGUUUGCCAAAAACAAAUUGUUUUGAACUCGGUAUCGAAAAACCAGAAGUCAAUGAAGGUUAAAUUAUAAAAAUUAAUUUAUUAUUAUACACUAAUUGAACAUAAUGAAAAAUUAAUUUCUAGAUGAAAAAUGUUAUUGGGGUCGAGGAGGUUCUUAUAGGGGCACGACAUCAUCGUCUCAAAACCUAUCUUGUGUACGGUGGAAUCAACAGUUUUUAAUAAAAACGUCUGAACAUAAGGAACUUCAAGGCGGUCAUCAUUAUUGUCGUAAUCCAGGGAAUGAAGAAGAUGAACCAUGGUGUGUAGUUGAAAUACCUGAUACAAAACUAAUGAAAAAAAUGAUGUGCGACAUCCCACAUUGCAGUAAGUUACAUUUAAUAACGAAAACCAUGUGUACAAUUUUUUUAAAAAAACUAUAUGUAUUGGUUUCAGUGAGAACUCUACAAUUACCAAUAUUUAUCGUGAGCACAGUUAGUAUUUCUUUAUUCAUGGUGCUGGUCGUGAUGAUAAUCUGCUGUAUUCGAAGAAAAAAAAAUAGAAGGAAUUCAGCAAUUCGUCGGCGGUUGCCACCUUAUGCAAAUCAAAAAGUAAUUGAAUAUAUUAAUAAUUAAUACUUAGUAUUUAAUAUGUAUUUAAAAUUUACAGCAAGAUAUCGUAAAGAGUAAAACCAAUGGAUUAGAAUUGUCAUCAUUGAUACCAGGCUCAAGUGCAUCUAGUCAAAAAUCAGAUAAAUAUUCUAAAGUACGACAAUAUGCUUUGUGUGAAAUCACAUUCUUACAAGAAAUCGGCGAAGGUGCUUUUGGUAAGUUGUCAUUGUCUUUUAAAAUACAUAACAAAUUAUAAUAAAAACACAUACCUAUGCAACAGAGCUCCACCACUAGAGUCAAAUUUUUAUUACAAUAUUUUAUGUUUUUUUUUAAUUUCAUAAUGGAAAGGAAUUGAAUAAUAAAAGUUUUCUCAAAAUUUUUUGCUACUAUAAAAAUAGAUGGUGGAACUCAGGGGUUAGAAUUUGAAACCACCAAAAGACAUUCUUGAUACUUACACCAUGCAUAUACAAAAUGUUAUAUCCUUGAUUUUAUUUAAAAAGUUUUUAGAGGUCUGUAAAGCUAAAAAACUCCUCCCACAACCAAGUUCAUAUUAAUAUUCAAUCAAAACUUUAUCACUUCAAUCUGUCUACCAAAACCUAACUCUCGAGGAUCAACUCAUUUGGUCGAAAUGGAGCUGCUAUAAGUGUCCAAAUGUACCAUGAAAAAGAUAUUAAUAUACAGAAUAAUUAACUUAACAUAAGACAAUCAUUAUCUCAAAAAGUAUUUAAUUUUUUAAAAAAUUUGAGAAAUAAGUAGCUCUACAAUGUUACAUUUCAGUUAUUUUUUCGUCUUUAUUUUAAAGGAUAAAACUAUUAUCUACUUUUAAUUUUCAAAUUACAAUUUACACUUAAAAUUCCAAAAAUAGAUGGAGUAUUAGUUUACAUAUAUUAAAAAAAUAUUAAAAUUUUCGGAUUUCUAUCUACUCAUUUACAAGAUAUUCCACUUAUAAGUUUAGAGAGGGGGAGAGUAGUAAAACACUAUUAAAACGCAGUGCGCCGUUUCACCACUUAUAUGAUGCACCACUACUCUCCUUCCGCUAAAACUUAAAAGUGGAAUAUCUUGUUAACAAGUUUAUGAAAAUUUAAAAUUUUUAAUAUUGAUUGCCAUUUGAAAAUUAGAAAUAGAUAUUAUAAAAUUGUAGAGCUUCUUGUUAAUUUAUUUCUUAUAUUCUUAAAUCUUCUAAAAUACAAAUUCUGAAGAUUAGGUUAGGUUUACUACUUUCCGAAAUAGUGAGCGUAUUACAUUUUGUUGAUCACUCUGUAUACACAGUAAAGUGCAAAAAUCUAUUUUCUGAGAAAAUUCAACAUUAUAUUCUUUUUAAAAAAAAAAAAUAGGUAAAGUUUAUAAAGGUCAAGUGCCCAAUGACAUGGGAACUGUAAUCAUGGUCGCCAUCAAGACUCUCAAAGAAGGGGCCAGCGCUAAAACAGCAGCAGACUUUAAACGGGAAACUGAUUUGAUGGGAGAACUAAGACAUCCAAAUGUCGUUUGCUUGGUUGGCAUGUGUUCGCAACCGGCGUGUUUACUAUUUGAAUAUAUGGUUGGAGGCGAUUUACACGAAUUUCUCAUGGCACGUUCUCCACAUUCGCCUAAUUCUCCGGUAGCACCACCGCUAAACCAGGCAGACUUUAUGUAUAUCGCCACGCAGAUCGCUUCAGGUUUGUACAUUUAUUAUUUGUAUUAUUUCUCAAAAACAAGUAAUAAAAAGUAUUUCCUUUUGAAUACAUAUUUUAGGCAUGGAGUACUUGUGUGGUCAUCAUUACGUACACAGAGAUUUGGCCGCUAGAAAUUGUUUAGUUGCUGAAAAUCUGACUGUGAAAAUAUCAGAUUUUGGAUUGUCAAGAGAUAUUUAUUCAUCUGAUUAUUACAGGUUAAAUAAAUUUUGAUUCAUUUUUAUUUGAAAUAAUUACUAAUAGUUAUAAUUUUUCCAGAGUACAAUCUAAAUCAUUGCUCCCUGUCAGAUGGAUGCCACCAGAGUCAAUUUUGUAUGGGAAAUUCACUACAGAGUCAGACGUUUGGAGUUUCGGAGUUGUAUUGUGGGAAGUGUAUAGCUACGGUUUACAAGUAAGUGUUUUUUAAUCCAUAUUUAAUUUAAUUUAGAAUUUAAAUCCUAAAAAUGUUGUACAGCAAUCAUGUUACAACUGUGUUAGGUUUUAUUUUUAUAUUUUAAUAUCUGUGAUUAAAGUCUAUUAUUUCAACCUAAACACCAUAAUUUGAUUAUUCUAAUUAAAUUGUACGUCUUCUUAUAAAGUUAUUAUAGCUGUUUUAUUGACUAUAUGUUUUUUCUUCAGCCCUAUUAUGGAUACAGUAAUCAAGAAGUAAUUGAAAUGAUUCGUUCGCGUCAAUUACUUCCGUGCCCGCAAGAAUGCCCAUCGCGCAUGUACUCUCUGAUGAUGGAGUGUUGGCACGAAGCACCUGUGCGUCGGCCCAAUUUCACAGAAAUCCAUUCCAGACUCAGACAGUGGGCAUCCAUGUCUGUGUCUGCAGCUCCGACCAUGACGUACUCUAUGGUACGCCCCGGAAGUCAAUCAGACCGUACAGGUUCAUCUAAUGUGUCGUCUACAUGUAGACCAGUUAACAUUUAAAUUGGUUGUAAUUUGUUUUUUUUUUUUUUUCAUGUAUGUAGAAAUCCCCUCGUGUUUUUGUAUAUAUUAUAUAUAUGACAAUUAUCAUACAAAUUAUUUGAUAAUAAAACAAAAAUACUUUUUUUUUUUUUGUCGAUUCACAUGGUGUAUAAAUAAUUUUUUUUUUAUUAUUAUUUUUUUUUAUGUUCAUACAGAAGAAAUUAAUUUAAAGACUGUACAAUUUGUCAUUUGUGUUGAUUACUAUACUCUCUCGUCUUAUUUAUUUAUUAUUAAUUAUUAUAAGAUUUAUUUUGAAUAUUUUCUCAUCUCGGAAAUUCACUUGGUCGUAAAGAACAAAUAAGAGAUUAUUACUACUCUACUUUCAAUGGAAUUUUCUUCAUUUAUUUUUUGUCAGAUCAAUUAAAGUUUUGUAAUUAAUAUUAUAUAAAAUUGACAUACCUAUCUAUGUUAUUAUUCAACGAAAUAUAUUCUAAAAAUAUUGUUCUAUUCACUUUCAUUCUGAAUAGACAAUUUUUGGAACAAAAUCAUUUUAUUACCUGAAUGUAUAAUAAUACAAAUUAAUUUUCUAAGAUUUUGAUCACUUAAUUGUUUUCUAUACACAAUUCAGGCACAUGUUGAAUGUGAUUCUGGAACACACCUAGAAUGAUAUUACUCUUCAUUUCACAAGAAUUAUUUGUAAUAUGUAUCACAAGAGUUUAGUUUGUGCCAUAAAUCUGUCAAACCUUAACAACUGUUGUUCAAUGAUUAUUUUUUUUGAAUCGUUACCUAACGGUUAUAAGUUUUUGUCCGUAUUACUUAUUUUAUUAGGUAUAUAAUAUUAAGUUUAAGCAUUUUUUUUCAUUGUACAUACACGAGCAAAUCCGUGUUUUAUAUGAGUUAUAAUAUUGUUUCGAUUGUAUAAUAAAUAUUAGUGUAUCGAUACCCAGUAAUAUGAAAAUUCUUUAGAGGAUAAUUAAGUUUUUUCGUUUUUGUUUUCAUUACAAAAUUGCAUAUAAUAAUAAGCAUUUUGAAUUAUUAUAUUUUUUUUUUUUUUUUUAUACUCGUGUAUAUUGUAACGGGACACUCUAGUCUACUUAAUGUUUAUAGUGUGUAUACAAUACUUAAAAUAUAAAGACUGUUGGAAAUUUUUUCAAACAAACCGUCAUAUUGAUUGUUAAUUUUUUUUUUUUAAUCCUGAAAAUAUUGUAAAUAUGUCCUAUUGAAAAAAAAUGAAAGAACUUAUUACUAGGGACAGGC